GCUGGUGGGCUCAACACUGUUGUAUAAUGGUGCAGCUGUUUAAAUUCCUCUUAAAAUCAACUAAAUCUCCCGGCCGAGCCCACUUCCGGCCCACCUUUCUGGACACCCUACGCCUAGCAGUUCGCGGGGGACAUGGCGGCAAUGGUUUGCCCAAAUACGGAGGUGUCGGUGGCCAAGGCGGUUGCGUCUAUUUGGUGGCCAAGGAGGGGCUCACCCUUCGGAAGGUUGUCCAAGGAUUAAAGGACAAAAGGGUUGCAGCUUCAAGUGGCGAAGACAGCAGCAAGGCAAGCAUCUUUGGACGCCGUGGAGUUGACCAGAAAAUCGAGGUACCGGUGGGCGUUCAAGUAUAUGAUGAUCAACAGAAACUCAUCGCCGAUCUCGACGAGAACGAUGCCACCUGUAUUGUAGCAGGUGGAGGAAUCGGAGGAUGUACGGCCACCAGUUUCUUAGGACGUCCUGGCGAGAAUCGCAUAGUGAAUCUGGACCUUAAGCUCAUAGCGGACGUGGGACUCGUCGGAUUCCCAAAUGCCGGCAAGAGCACGCUUCUUAAGGCCGUCUCUAAUGCCAAACCUAAGAUUGCAGCUUAUCCCUUUACCACCAUCCGGCCCCAGAUUGGCACCAUCGAGUACAAAGACCUGCGCUCCAUAACUGUGGCCGAUCUUCCCGGACUCAUCGAGGGAGCUCACGCUAACUUCGGCAUGGGGCACAAGUUCCUAAAGCACAUCGAGCGCACGCGCCUGCUGGUCUUCAUGGUGGAUAUAUUUGGCUUCCAGCUGAGUCCUCGGCAUCCCCAUCGCGACUGUCUAAACAACAUAUAUUCCCUAAACAAAGAAUUGGAGUUGUAUGAUCCAUCACUGCUGGAGAAGCCCAGCGUCCUGCUGCUAAAUAAAAUGGACAAGGAAGGUGCACACGAGAUCCUCACCAAGGUUAAACCGGUUAUUAAUGACCUUACCAUCGGGCUCGAACAAUGUCCGGAAGAACUACGACCGAACCAGGUGUUGAAGUUUGAAAGCAUUGUACCUAUAUCGGCCUUGAACUCAACAAAAGUAACGCAAGUUAAGUCGCAGUUAAGGAGAACAUUAGUGCGAUUGGCUGAGAAACAGUUUUUAGCAGAUGAGGAUCAGAUUAAGGAGCAGUUAAAGCAGCGCGUUGGCCUAGUGGGUCCCAAAAUUACGUAGCUCUAUGUCUAUAUUUAAAUAAACUAAAUGAUACUCUUUA